UUAAGCGAAUAAAUUAAGCGAUUAAACCCCUUUUUUUUUUUGGCAAUUAAAGCUCAAGGCAAAGGAGAAGUUGAAAUAAAAUUUGAUAGAAAGCAAAACGAAGAAGCGGCAGUGGCGAUGGCGGCGAGGUUUUGGUUGUUGAGGCUAACCCUAAUAAGUGUAAGCGUGGUUGGGUUGGUGUACGGUAACUCGGAAUCAGACGCUUUGUACACGCUGAGGAAGAGCUUAUCGGAUCCCGAUAACGUGCUGCAGAGCUGGGAUCCCACACUCGUCAACCCCUGCACUUGGUUCCACAUCACCUGCAACCAGGACAAUCGCGUUACCCGACUGGAUUUAGGUAAUUCAAACCUCUCUGGACAUCUGGUACCUGAACUUGGAAAACUUGAGCAUCUUCAAUAUCUGGAGCUUUACAGAAAUAAUAUUCAUGGAACUAUUCCAGCUGAGCUUGGUAACCUGAAGAGCCUCGUUAGCUUGGACUUAUAUAACAACAACAUAUCAGGGACAAUUCCUCCUUCAUUAGGGAAAUUGAAAUCACUUGUGUUCUUACGUCUCAAUGACAACAGAUUAAGUGGGCCAAUCCCCAGGGAUCUCGUUGGUCUUGCAAGCCUCAAAGUUGUGGAUGUAUCGAGCAAUGAUUUGUGUGGAACAAUUCCUACCAGUGGACCAUUUGAGCACAUUCCUCUGAGCAACUUUGAGAACAACCAUCGACUUGAAGGUCCGGAGUUGUUGGGGCUUGCAAGCUACGACACCAACUGCUCGUGAGAAAGGAUGGAAUCUUGACUCUGCUUUGAAUUAGAUACUGUACCUUUUCAUGGAUUGGUUCAAGUUCAAUCCCUCAUAUAAAAAGUAUUUGUAAAUUUUAUGAUACUAAUGGCAUUGGCAUUAUGACGGUGCCUAUAAUUCUCUAUCGCUGUGCGUUUGGUAUAAUAUGUCAAUACACUAUUUAGUAGCAGUUAAAGUUUUAGUUACAGCGCA